ACUAGUGAAAAAUCCGCAAACAAGACGGGUAAUCAAUACGGAUACCCAAACAAUCCAGUGUAUGUAUGUGGCGCCAAACACUCCAAACUGAUUUUCUAACGAUAACAUCAACAACCACAAUCUCAAUCACAAAUCAACCAGCAGCAACAGAACAAAACCCUAAAUCAAUCAAUGGCGGUUCACUGCAACUUCACAAGCACCGAUCUCUCAUCACUAACCCUAACCAACCGCCCACACUUCACCUACAAGACCUCCUCUCUCUCUCCAAAACCUCUCUCCACUCGCAAACUUAACCGAUCUCUCGUCCGUUCAAUCGCCACCGAUUCCAACGGCGGCGAUGGCGCAACGUCGCCGGAAGUUGCAGGUAAGAAGAAGCGGUUAUCGGAGCAGUCUGCGUGGGAGGCGACGGAUGCGGAAGGGAAUGAUUACUUGUAUAGGCUUGGAAAAGAGUCGGAGAAUAUGAAUAUUGCUGUUGGAGCUAGGGCUGGAGUUAUUGAUGAUCUGUUUGUUGGAGAUUUCCUCGGAAAGGACUCGGAUAUUGUGUUUGAUUAUCGUCAAAAAGUAACCAGGUCGUUUGAGUACCUCCAGGGUGAUUAUUACAUUGCUCCAGCUUUUAUGGAUAAAGUUGUGGUCCACAUUGUGAAGAACUAUCUUGCUCAUCUUCUUAAUACCAAUGUUCCGUUGAUUUUAGGCGUUUGGGGAGGAAAAGGGCAAGGAAAAACAUUUCAAACUGAACUUAUUUUUCAGGCUAUGGGAAUUUUGCCUGUGAUCAUGUCUGCUGGAGAAUUGGAAUCAGAGAGAGCUGGGGAACCAGGAAGAUUGAUACGUGAUCGGUAUCGUACUGCAUCUCAAGUGGUUCAAAAUCAGGGGAAAAUGAGCUGUUUGAUGAUCAAUGAUAUCGAUGCGGGUCUUGGUAGAUUUGGAAACACUCAGAUGACUGUCAACAAUCAAAUAGUUGUUGGCACACUGAUGAAUUUGUCGGAUAAUCCUACGAGAGUUAGCAUUGGACAAGAUUGGCGGGAAUCAGAUAUUACACACAGAAUUCCGAUUAUUGUUACGGGAAAUGAUUUUUCAACUUUAUAUGCCCCGUUGGUUCGUGAUGGGCGGAUGGACAAGUUCUACUGGCAGCCUACUAUGGACGAUAUCAUAAAUAUUGUGAACAGAAUGUAUGAGAAAGAUGGUUUAUCAAAGAAAGAUGUUGAAAGCAUAGUGACAACAUUUCCAAAUCAAGCCUUGGACUUUUAUGGAGCCCUUAGGUCCCGAACAUAUGACAGCGCAAUCUUGAAGUGGGUUAAUGAUAUCGGUGGUCCUGAAACUGUUGGAAGCAAACUCCUCAGACGAAAAAGGGACGAAAAUCUCCCUGUGUUUGUACCCCCAAAGCAAACGGUGGAAUCUUUACUUGAAUCCGGCUAUUCACUCAUCAAAGAACAGCAGUUGAUAAUGGAAAGUAAACUUUCAAAGGAGUACAUGAAGAACAUGGAUGAUUAACAAUAACAAGUUGUAAAUAUCGACUAUAGGUAAAUAUGGUGCUGAACCAAGAUGCAGCUGCAAAUAUGGCAAGUUUUCCUGUAUAAAUUUUAAUUGAGUUGUUGGAACGCUAUUACAUGCAAAACUUAAUGGAUUUGAUCACCAACGUUUUGUCAUUUUAUGUAUAAUUCUAGAAUUAACGAGUUUUUUUUAAAUGUUUAGAACAUAUUUUAUUGGUCCUUAUAUGAAACAUUCAAAGAGUAUAAAGAUUUGAGAACCGCAUAAUGUAUUUGUAUAUAUUGCUUUAAGUGUGAUACACAAGAUGGUUACGUAA